AACCACAUCAAUUACAAAGGAUAAGCCUCUGCCCAUUGUAACAUGUAAAAGUCAAAAAGCUUGGCCCCAGGUUUGUUGACGCAGUUUCUAAUUCCAAAUCUCCGUUUAUAUUCACAAAUUCACAAAACGAAGGAUUAUAAGGAAUUCUGGUGCUGCUCCUUUGUUCCUUAUUAGCCAUGGACGAUUACUGUAAUACAAUGGAGAAAAGCAAGAUACAAACUCUAUAUGAUGCCUGUAAUGCCAUUUUUUCUCAGAAGGAUCUUCCAACUUUCAAACAAAUCCAGUGGCUAAAGAAGCUCAUCGACUCAUUCGAAGCCAUUGAUGUUGGGAUUGAUGAAUUGGGAUCUUGUGGAUCUCCAUGUAGAAGCCCAAAGGGAUUAAUCUGUGGGCAAGACAUCUCUAUCACUUACAUUCACAUUCAUGAAUGUGAGGAAUUCUCUAUAGGAGUGUUUUGCAUGCCAGCAGGAGUGACAUUCCCGCUCCAUGAUCAUCCUGGAAUGACAGUCUUUUCCAAACUCCUCUAUGGUUCUGUCUACACCAAAGCUUAUGAUUGGAUCAAAUCCUACAAAUCCUCUGCCUCCCAAAAAUUUGGAGUGGCAAGUAAGGUUAUAGAUGGAAUAUGGACCGCGCCUUGUGAGACAUCAGUCCUAUUUCCAAGAAGUGGUGGAAACAUUCAUUCAUUUACAGCAUUGACAAGCUCUGCAGUUUUGGACGUUUUGACUCCACCUUACUCUGAGGAGCUUGGAAGGCCUUCCACUUAUUUCUCUGACUACCCCAUUGUUUCUCUUCCUGGAUAUGCAAUGCUUGAGGAAAGAAGCCUGCCAGAUGAUCUAGUAGUCAUAGGAGCACCAUAUCUUGGUCCUCUACUUGAUGAUGGUGAUGGUGAUGGUGAUCGUGAUGUUGAUGACAGUGGUGGGGAUCAUAACACUUUGUGAACUUGUACAAAACUUGGCUUUGGCUAUACCUUGUUCUCUGUAAUAUAUGUGUAUCAUAUCUAAUGCAGUCGUGUAGAAAAAGAGGCUGUGCCUAAUGAUGUAAAGGGGGAUCAGUUUACUUUGUCACGUAGAAGGUAAAAUUAUCUGUCGAAGAUCAAUUUGUCAGUAAUCCCGACCACCGUUUUAUUUAUUUAUUUGAUAUUGACCACUGUUUUCAGCUUACCAAGAA